CAUGUUUCGUCGGGCAUUGGGCGCCGUGGGGAGGAUCCUACUGCGCAGCCAGGCCACGGCGGCUCGGUCGCUGUCGAGGCCGGCCGGAGCUAGCAGUCUGAGACACCUACACGUACGUAGGCCUCUCGCUUAAUACACUAUCUCAAUCCAAUCUCUCUCUCUCUUUCAGCGUGGGUGUGUGUGUUUGAUGAAACUGGAUAUUUUCUGGUGAUCAAAUCGCAGUCUCAGCAGAGCAAUGUUGGGGAUGCUGCAGCUACUGCUGGCCACCGCUUUGGCUUUCUUCGCAGGUCUAUGAAACUAGCUGCAUGGUCCGGAUAUGUUGGUUUUGGAGUUUGGACCUGUAUGAAGGUGGCAGACAGGAUUCAACAUGAUUCGUCUCUUCGGUUGUACCAUCAGAGAUUGACUGGGUUAAAGCUGGUGUCGUCUCUCCGGUUGUGAGGAAACAAAACGGUUGUGGCAGCUGUUGGGCGAUGGUUGCUGCAGCCUCGGUCGAAGCUGUACAUUACAUGAAGACCUUGCAGUCGAUCUCGUUGUCGGUUCAAGAGCUCAUCGACUGUGACACAAAGAGUGAUGGGUGUCAAGGCGGCCACGAAGAAAAUGCUUUCAGAUAUAUAAGCAAAAAUGGACUCUCGAGCGAAUCCGACUACCCAUACAUGGCUCGGAGGAGUAAAUCAGGUUGCAAGAGAAACAAGACAGCAGCAGCAAUAAGGAUAUCAGGCUUUCGAUUUGUCAACCCAACUGAGGAUGCUCUAGAGAAAGCGGUAGCGAAGCGUCCCGUGGUUGUCACUUUGCAGUUUUUCGAUGAUCUGCAUGAGUACAAAGGAGGCAUCUUGGAUUGUAAAGCUGUCAAUGGAAAGACCGAUUGCUUGCAUCCUGUCCUGAUUGUUGGUUAUGGCACUGAUUCCAACGGCAUCAAGUACUGGCGCUUCAAGAACUCAUGGGGACCAAACUGGGGUGAGAAGGGCUUUGGUAGGAUCCGCAGGCAUGUUGAUGACAAGCGAGGUGUGUUAGGUAUCUUCAUAGAACCAGGAGUAUAUCCGGUGCUCGAGGACUGAUUGAUCUUGGAUGGUUGGAUCUUUAUAGUGGAUGGGAUUGUAUCA